AUGGACAUCACGCCCGAAUUCAACGAGCUGCUGCGGAAGCGCAAUGCGCCCAUUGUCAGCGAGAAGAAGCUCAGCCUCGAAGCGAUUGACGGUUUCCUCAAAGAGGCUUACAGAAUAAACCACCACAUCACGAGCCUCCACAACGAACUUAAAGAUGUUCGGCAAGCCUACCUUUCGACUGCGCAGCCGCGCAAGACGCACAUCCGGCCGGGAAACAACGCAAGCCAACCCCGCCACCUUACCGACCGCGACCGCGAAGAAGUCGACGCCAACGCGAAGCAAAUGCUCCGUGAGCUGAACGCCAGUAUCACCGCCCUCAAGGACGCGGAGCUGCUCCGCCGCGAGACCGAGGCGGCCAUCAUCCGCAAGAAGUUCGCUCGCGGCCUGGGCGCGCUCGGCGCGUGGGCCGCCGGCGCCGCGACGGGAGGGGGUGGCUCUUCUGACGACAGUGGGAAGACGGCGGAGCACCGGGCGGCGGAGGCUAAGGCGCGGAUAAUUGAGCAGCACCGCGACGAGGUCAUCCAGUCGCUACGGCAGAGGCUACAGCUGUGCGGGAGGACGCAGCAGGACAUGAUGGAGGUGCGGCUGACGAGGGAGAUGGAGAAGAACCGGAGCGUACUGGCCAAGGCCGGCGGCGGGAGCGCGAUGCCCGAGCUGGGAGGGUUCUACGAGUCGAUGAGCAAGAGCGCAGCGGCGGCAAAGGGCCCGGUGAAGGGGGCGGGAAAUUCGGGGGUACCGCCGGGCGAGGGCGGGCUGUAUAAGCCGCAGGAGGACCUCACAGAAGAGCAGAUACAGAUGUUCGAGAAGGGCAACCAGGAUAUGCUGCAGCACUAUAACAGCACAUUGAACAAAGUCAGAACGGCCGAGAAGUCUCUGCUCGAGAUCGCGGAGCUGCAGACGCUGCUCGUGAGCAACCUGGCAACGCAGUCGGCGCACAUCGAGCAGCUCGUGGCAGACUCGGAAAACAUUACGGAGGACGUCGGGGGCGGCAACAAGCAGCUCAAGAAAGCUACCCAGCGGCCCAGCGCGGCGCGGUAUACUUUUUUCGCAUCGGCGGGGUUGUGCACGUUUCUGAUCUUGUGGGACUUGAUCAUAUAA